GAAUUGAAAAUAGGUUUCGCCAUGGAAAAGUGAAAAGCGAAAAAUAUAGGGGAAGCAUGAAAAUAACUAGCUCAGAAAUUAAUAAUCUAGUAGAGAUAAAGUUGAUAAGCCUUUCUAAAAACCUAAUGAUGUGGCAUCGUCGCAAUCAAAUUCAUCUGUUUCAUUGCUUAGCAACAGGAAAACAACAACACAAUAUAGAGGUUAUCCGCGAAUAUCAAACAUAAACAUAUACAAUUUAAUUUUGUAUGUAGAGAAUACCGGGGGCUUUUUCGACGCGAACAUGUUUCUGUAUUUGAGCAAGAAGAUCGCAAUUCCAAAUAACACAAAGAUUCAUUCGUUAGAUUGGAAUAAGCAAGAUGGUUACAUAGCAGUUGGAGGUGAUAGUGGCCUUUUAAAGGUUUUAAAACUCGACUCAGGCAACGACGCCGGCUUCAAAACAAGGAAAUUGGUGGCUACCAGUAAUUUGUCCAUGAAUCAAACUCUUGAGGGCCAUAGUGACACAAUACAAGUUCUAACAUGGAAUGAAAUGCAUAAAAAACUUACUACCAGUGAUUCUAAUGGUGUUAUAAUCGUUUGGAUGCUUUAUAAGGGAGCUUGGUAUGAGGAAAUGAUAAAUAAUAGAAAGAAGUCUACAGUUGUGGGCAUGUCUUGGAGCAGUGACGGUCAAAAAAUUUGUAUAAUUUAUGAGGACGGUGCAGUAAUUGUAGGUUGCGUAGGGGGUAACCGCAUCUGGGGAAAGGAAUUGAAACACACAGCUCUGUGUGGAGUACAGUGGUCUCCAGAUGGAAAGCUUCUUGUAUUUGCCCUAAAAAAUGGGGAACUUCACCUCUACGACAACCAAGGAAAUUUUGUGAUGAAAAUCAACAUACUAUGUCAUGAUUCGCAAUAUGACCCUACACCUAUCAUAGGACUUGCUUGGUAUAAUGGCACAGGCGGUUUAAUGCAUUCGAUGUGUCCGACAUUAGCUCUAUGCUUUGAGAACGGAAAAACACAACUUAUGAGGAAUGAGAGUGACCCAAAUCCAGUCAUAUUUGACACAAAAAUGAUUGCUGUACAUUGCAGUUGGAAUCACAAUGGUUCCCUUUUAGCCAUUUCUGGAAGACAGUUUUCUGAAGAAAAGAAAGUGAAUUUAGUUCAAUUCUACAACCCUUUUGGCGAGCAUUUGAGAACACUGAGAGUACCAGGAUCGUCAAUUUCUUGUUGUGUAUGGGAAGGUGGAUCAUUGAGAGUUGCCUUAGCUGUUGAUUCUUUUGUAUAUUUCGCAAAUAUUCGUCCUGAUUACAAAUGGUGCUACUUCAAGAAAACAGUCGUUUUCACUUCAUGCAAGGCUGGCAGAUCUGGUAUAUGUAUUACAUUUUGGGACACUGCUAAUAAUUUGUAUCAUACGAGUUGGGUGAACACGUUAUAUGCAAUAUCCUCAUACGGAGAUCACUGCGUUAUAGCCACGCAGCCAGAUGUAGAUCACGCUGGCAAAUAUGGCUUGAUACUUUAUAACACUUUGGGCACACCGGUGGAUGGAAAGUAUAUAAAUAUUGAACCGGUGGCUGUAGUAAUGAAUGCAUACCAAGUAUUUGCUGCUUCGCGAAAUAACUUUAUUGUUUGGCAUUACAAAACUCCAAAAUCGAUAACAGGAGUAGCUAGAUCGAAAAUGUUUCACAUCGACGACAAUCCAACCGGCGCUGUAGACAUAAUUGAAGAUCUUGAUAGUGCAACCAAGAUUCCAGUAAGCUGCCAUCAAACAGUUGAUCCCAUUUGUUGUCUUACUUCGACAGACACUUGUCUUGUUAUUGGUAGAGAAUCUGGACUUCUGCAGUAUUAUGUUUUACCACAUAUUGUUCUCACCAAUCGCUUUAAAAUACCUACUAGACCUCAUAAGAUUACGAUUAAUUGCAAUUCUACAAAGCUCUCAGUCAUUGAUGUAUCUGGAGUCAUGACGGUUAUAGACAUUUCUGCGGGCACUGGAAGGCCGUCUGCUAACGCGGAAGGAAAUCAAUUGGAAAGAAAGGAUGUUUGGGCAAUGUGCUGGGCAUCUGACAACCCACAGCUUUUAGCUAUAAUGGAAAAGACCCGGAUGUACAUUUUCAAGGGCAUGUAUCCUGAAGAGCCUGUAGCGUGUUCGGGUUACAUUUGUAGUUUUAAUGCUCUAGAAGUUGAAGCAAUACUAUUAGAUGAAGUUAUAGAUAAUCCAGAAAAACCCACUAAAGACUAUUUAAUUAAACUGGAGAUUAAAAGUCUUAGAGAUACUAGACAGUUGAUAGAGAAAGUGGGAAUCAAUGAAGCAGCUCAAUUUGUUGAGGACAAUCGUCAUCCCAGGCUUUGGAGAUUGGUUGCAGAAGCGGCUUUAAAAGAAAUGAAUUUAAAUAUGGCAGACGCUUGUUUCGUUCGGGCUAAAGACUACGCAAAUGUGCAGUUUGUGAAAAAAUUGCGAAGUGUUAAUAAUGAAGCUAUUCGUGAGGCUCGAGUGGCAACAUAUUUUAGAAAUUUUGAUCAAGCAGAGAAAAUUUUGAUUGAAGCUGACCGAAGCGAUUUGGCCUUAAAUCUACGCCAAACUCUAGGGGACUGGUUUAGAGUUAUACAAAUUUUGAAAAAUGGCGCUACCGCUCCUGACUACCUGUUAAAAACAGCGUACAACUCUACUGCAGAUUAUUUUUUUCAUUUCAAUAACUGGACAUCAGCAAUUGAAUAUUACGAACUGGCCAAAAAUACCUCUAAAAUAAUAGACUGCUAUUAUUAUUUAGAAGAUUGGAAGAAUUUGGAAAUUAUGAUUGAUCAGCUUCCGGAAGGAGAUCCUAUAUUAAAAAAAAUUGGUGAUAUGUUUGCGUCAAACGCUGUACACAUGGAAGCAGUAAAAGCUUACACAAAAGAAGGCAAAGUAAAGCCUGCUAUAGACUUAUGCAUUGAUCAUAAUAGAUGGGAUGUUGCAAUAGAUCUAGCCAAAAAAUAUAACAUUACAAAGAUAUCAGAUCUGCUGGUGAAGUACACCAAUCACUUAGUAGAGAAGAAUCAAAUAAUGACAGCAAUCGAUAUUAAUGUUCAAGCUAAGUUUUACUUGCAAGCUGCGGAGCACGCAUUCAAGUUGGCAAAUAUGGAAGCAGCGAAACCAAAUAGGAAUUUGACAAGAGUUAAGAAACACUAUGUAUACGCCGCUCGAUUAGUAGAAAUGCAUAAAAGUUUGAGUCCGACAGGAGAAAAUCCAAAUUAUGACCCCCUUCUAUAUGAUAACGCUUGGCGAGGUGCAGAAGCAUAUCAUUACUUCAUUUUAGCACAACAUCAGUUAUACAAUGGAAAAAUCCAUGAUGCAUUAUGUAUCACUUACAAACUGCAAGAUUAUACUGAUUUCGUCUCUGAAUCCGAGAUAUACUCUCUUUUAAUGCUCACAGCUUGUCUCGACCGAUCUUUUGAGAUAUGUUCUAAAGCAUUAAUAAAGCUGAAAUCAUUGGAGAAUGUAAUUCAAGCUGAUGCAGUUCAAUACAGCAAACUGGGUUGGGAUAUUUUCCGGCAAAACGAACCAGUGAAUAUAAAGAAAAAGUUAAUACAGUGUGACAAUUGUCAAACCAGUGUUCAAGAUUGGAACACUGCCUGUACCAAUUGCAAAGUACAUUUUCCUACUUGUGUUGCUACUGGACUGUCUAUAGUCGAGGCGUCUAUUUGGUCUUGCAAAGUAUGUAAGCAUCCAGCACUUCGAAAGAAAAUGGAACUACUAAACGCUUGCCCAUUAUGUCAUGCUAAGCAGGAAAGACCAUAAUCUGGCAUUAUAUCAUUAAUCAUGUUUUUGUCGUUACAUUACUGUUUUCUUACUUCUUAAUGAAGAUUUGUUCAUUGUUUUCAAGUAUUAUGGAAGUACUUAAAGUUAUCGUAGAAUUAAAUGUGAAUUAAGAGUUUAUUGUGCAAAUAAAAUUUAUUUGAGCACUUCAAAAAA